AUGUGUAAAGAAACUCAAGGUUCUGGUAGCUCCAAUGACGUCGCGGACAGUGGGAACAAUGCGGACAAUUUGGGCAAUGGAGACAAUAUGAACAGUGGGGACAAUUUGGGCAGCGUGGACAGCAAUUCUCCUGCUGGAGGAGGAAUAGGUGGCGCAGAUGGUGCAAACAACGUUGCAUCAGGUGACGCAACAGCAGACCAAGGAAACGGUCAAGUCGGCGGCGACUCUUCGACGCCCUCAAGCGACGCGUCUUUAAAUCCUGCAGAUUCGUCUCAAAAUAAUGGCGCCGGUGGUGCCGUGACGGACGCUUUCGGCAACAUUGUGUCUUCCUCAGACACUUCAGCUACUGCAUUUCCUCCAGAUUCGAUAAACAAUGCUGCGAAAGUAACAGGAACUUCAGGAAUAAUUGGCGACCCUUCCGCUUCUCAAGGAAUUUCCAAUUUGUUCUCGUCCACUCCCAAACUGUCCGUGCUGGGCUCAAUUCCUCCAGGCUCAACAGCUCCAGCGGACCCACAGCAGAGAACCUCUACAACAUCCGUUGCCGUGAAACCAGCAACCACUCCAGGAACAACCACCACCGCGUCAACAACCACUACAACGACGACGGUUCUUAAGUUCUAA